GGACCUAUACUUACCAUGACUGGCUUUUGGAACGAAGCUGACAGCAGCUCCGCGCCAGGAAAGGCGGGAAAGGGAAAGAGCAGGAGGGAGGAGCAAAGAAAAAAGGGAGGAAGAGGAGGAGGAGGAGCCCUUUGCGCGGGGCCUGCCUCUUCCUGCCUGGACGCAAAACGCCGGAGACGGAAAAGGCCGGUCGAGGAGGCCCCGGGAGCCUGGAUGUGGAGCCAUCUAUUUGGCCUGGGCUGCAAGGCGGGUCUUCCUCUCUCCUUCCGCAGCAGAGCAGGACUUACAAUCUUGUGGCAACAUUUAAGUACAAUGAAGUUGGAAUCUGCUGAAUUUCAGUCCCUCUUCACACCAGGACUCAAAAGUGUUGCAGAACUGUUCGACAGAACAAAUUAUGAACUCCGAAUAGCCGGAGGUGCUGUGAGAGACUUACUCAGUGGAAUGAAACCACAAGAUGUUGACUUUGCCACCAGUGCCACACCUACUCAGAUGAAGGAGAUGUUCCAGGCCACGGGUGUCCGUAUGAUCAACAAUAGAGGAGAAAGACAUGGAACCAUCACCGCCAGGCUUCAUGAUGAGAACUUUGAAAUUACCACACUUAGGAUUGAUCUGGUUACUGAUGGGAGGCAUGCAGAAGUGGAAUUCACGACUGACUGGGAAAAAGAUGCGGAGAGGAGAGAUCUCACAAUUAAUUCUAUGUUCUUAGGCUUGGAUGGCACACUUUAUGACUUUUUCAAUGGCUAUGAUGAUUUAAAAAAUAAAAAAGUCCGAUUUGUAGGACAAGCUAACCAGAGAAUACAAGAAGAUUACUUAAGAAUUCUGCGAUAUUUCAGGUUUUAUGGCAGAAUCGCAGAAAAACCUGGUGACCAUGAACCCAAAACUCUGGAAGCCAUUAAAGCAAAUGCCAAAGGCCUGGCUGGGAUAUCAGGCGAGAGGAUUUGGAUGGAAUUGAAGAAGAUCCUUGUUGGGAAUCAUGCAAAUCACCUCAUUCGUCUAAUGUAUGAACUCGAUGUAGCCAACUACAUAGGAUUGCCUGUUAAUGGGAACUUACAGGAAUUUGACACAGUCUGUAAAAAUGUUCAGAAUCUCUUUCCAAAACCAAUGACAGUUCUAACAUCACUGUUAAAGGUCCCGGAUGACAUCUCAAAACUGGAUUUAAGGCUGAAAAUUUCAAAAGACGAAAAAAGCCUUGGCCUGUUUUUACUGAAGCACAGGAGAGACUUGGUCAAAGCUAUUGACACUACAGAACCACUUAAGCCAUAUCAAGACUUCAUAAUAGAUUCAAGGGAAGUUGAUGCAACAUCCAGAAUCUGUGAGCUUCUGAAGUAUCAAGGGGAGGAAGGCCUUCUGCAUGAAAUGCAACAAUGGUCUGUCCCUACUUUUCCUGUGAGUGGCCACGACAUUAGAAGAACGGGGAUUUCAUCGGGGAAAGAAAUUGGUGUCCUGUUGCAGGAACUACGAGAUCAGUGGAAAAAGAGUGGAUAUAGAAUGGAGAAAGAAGAACUUUUAAGCUACGUAAAGAAGGCGUAAAGCAAAGAGAAGGUUUAAAAUGUAAAAUAGUGAGUGAAACUGUAUCAGACUCCAUGUGUAAAUAGUUUACCUUCUUGCUCAAAAUGGCACUUUGUUCCAAGAUCUCUUGAAACAAUCUGAACUUUGUGCGGUUUUUUUUUUACAAAAGAAAACAUAAAAUAUUUUGCAAGCAAUUUUUUGUGUAUUUGUAAUAUGUGUGCUUAUAUUUUUAUGAACUGCUAAGGAUAUACUCUGAAGUUAAAUUCAAGAUGUGUUGACAUAGUCACACACUCAGACUUUUUUGAUUGUGAGGGACACAUUCCAACCUUUAAAAAAGCAUCCUUUUAUCUUGUGGCCUAAAAUCCCAUGGGAGAUUUAGUGUAAUUUUGAUUGAAUUCAAGUGGGAUGUAUAGCAAGGCAAAUAUAGAACAAACUCACAAGUUUAGGAUGCCAGUUUGAGCUCCAGAAUAGUUCUACAAUGAAUGAGUGUAGCAUCAGUAAAAAUCAGCACCUUCCUGAUUCCCAAAUAGAUAAAUCACAGGCUUUCAGAUGCAUCUUAACCAAACCUAUCUUGUUUUUCUGACUUCCUGGUUCCAUUUUCCAUUAUCUGUACAGUGCACCUACCAAUUUGUUCCAAAACUUUCUUAGAUGUGCCUUACACAUUACUUGCUGGCCGCUUCUUUCUUCCUUUGUACUUUUCUUUUCCUUUGAAGCCUGUAUUUUUUUCACAGUUGCCACAAUAAUUCUUGAUGGAGCUUUUGGAAUAUUUUUCAUGUAGGCAAAAUAUUGCAACAGAGAAUGAGUGAAUGAAAGGUGGCCAUUGAAUAAAACAGAAGUCUAUUUUCUCUUUUUAUCCCUGGGCAAUACCGCUGUGUUAUAUGUCCAUUAACUGGAGUUGAAUUAUUUUCCUUAACAUACAAAACGCUUACAUAAGCAUCACAGGCUUUCAGUUUACCUAACGCUUGUAAUGUAUUCUGCUAAUAAAUGAGCUAAAAAUAA